UUCGGCAAAAAAUCCUAACGCCUUGUUCCAUAAUUAAUGAUCUCUCCCAUCUCAUCACACUCUCCUUGAUUAUUACAUAAAGUUCGGUGGUUCUUUUUCUCCAAAAGUUAUAUUUUCUUUUUUUCUUUUAAUAUAUUUUCUUAAAUCGAUUCCUGGAAGGAAAAGAAAAGAAAGUACACAGUUGAUCGGAUGGGGAGAUUGUUCUUGGUGAAUUUGGAAGGGAAGUCUUACAGCUGCAAGCACUGUAACACUAAUAUUGUUCUUUGCGCUGAUGUCGUCUCCAAGUCUUUCCAAUCCCGUAAUGGGAAAGCUUACCUCUUCCGUAAGGUAGCGAAUGUGUAUGCUGGGGAGAAGGAAGAUAGAAUGAUGAUGACGGGGCUGCACACUGUGGUUGAUAUUUACUGCGUCAAAUGCGGCUCUUAUGUUGGAUGGAGAUAUGAGUUUGCUUUUGAGAAGAAUCAAAAGUACAAGGAAGGCAAAUCUGUUCUUGAAAGGUACAAGGUCUGUGGUCCGGAUGAAAACAAUUGCUUGGUGGUAGCUCAAGAAGUUGAACCCGGAGAAAGUGAAACUGAUGAAUGA